UUCCCCAACAAAUAAACCUCACCACUCUCUUUAUACAAACCUUCCGCUCGCGAUACCCGACAAAGUUUCCCACGCCCAGCGCAUAAAUCGUGACGUCACAGACUCAAACCGCUAAACCGCUUCCAGCGCACUAUGAAACCCGCAUUCCUCUCAACAACAUGGCCUCAAGGUCACGAUAGCUCGUCCGUCUGUCUGUAGAAGAAAGAGCUAUUAGAGGAUUUUCCUAGUGCACGGUCUUGUUCAUCACGCUCGUCUAUACUCAUUCAUUCCUCCCCAGUAAUCAAUCAAGCAAGCACAAUGAACUCCAUCUCAGACUACCUCCUCGACGCCGGCUACCUCCCGCACCCCCUAAUCCGCCUCGGCAUCCGGCGCCAGCUCGCCCAGCGCCUCGCCUCCCUCUCCAGCACCUCUCUAACCGCAGCCUACGAGUCGAAGAUGGCGUACGUAGAGCUUCUGCGCACACGCCCUAUUGCGAUAGAAACGCAGACUGCAAACGCGCAGCACUACGAAGUCGGCACGGCGGUGCUGAAGGGCAUGCUCGGCCCGCGGAUGAAGUACUCGGCGUGUUUGUAUGAGCGGGGGGAUGAGGGGUUGGAAGAGGCGGAAGUCAGGAUGCUGGAGUGCUAUGUAGAGAGGGCGGGGUUGAGGGAUGGGAUGGCGGUUUUGGAUCUGGGAUGCGGAUGGGGCUCCGCCGCUCUAUACUUCGCCUCGAAAUUCCCCAACUCGCAAAUCACCGCGUUUUCCAACUCGCGCACGCAGAAGGCGUACAUCGACUCUAUCGCCUCGUCUAAGGGACUGACGAAUCUCACCGUGAUAACGGGGGACGUCGUGGACUACGAGUUCGAGCCCGGCAGCUUCGACCGCGUCGUCUCGAUCGAGCUGUUCGAGCACAUGAAGAACUACCAGCUGCUGCUGGCGAAGGUAGCGCGGGCGCUGAAGCCAGGCGGGAAGCUGUUCGUGCAUAUUUUCGCGCAUCGGAGCACGCCGUAUGACUUUGAGAGCGGGUGGAUGACGGAGCAGUUCUUUACGGGGGGCACCAUGCCCUCGGCUGACCUGCUCCUGUUCUUCCAGGACGAUCUGCGCGUCCAGAAGCAGUGGUGGGUCAACGGGAGGCACUACGCGCAGACGUGCGAGGACUGGCUGCGCAAGAUGCUGGAGUGUAAAGAGGACAUCUGGCCGGGGCUGAAGGAGACGUAUGGCGAGGAGGGCGUGGUGACGUGGUGGAACAGGUGGCAGAUCUUCUAUAUGGCGUGUGCGGAGCUGUUUAAGUGGGAGGGCGGGGACACGUGGGGCGUGACGCAUUUGCUGUUCGAGAAGCCGGAGUAGUGGAUCGGUGGGGCGGGAGACCUUUAGGUGUCUUUGCUGAGGUCGGAGGCGUUCCUGGUUGUGGUGGGAGUGGGCGUGGGCGUGGGCGUACCCUCCUCCUUCUGUUCCUCCAUGCGCUUGAUUUCCGAAGCCCAGCUCGCCAGAUCCAGCACCGACGGCGCCUUUCCCUUCAUUCUCCGCCUGUUGAUAACGCGCUCCGAGAA